GCCAAGCCAAGCCAAGCCAAGCCAAGCCAAGCCAAGCCAGGUAGAUAGGCGGGAGUUGGAAGCGAGCGAUCCGGACGCGGAUCACGAUUUUGGAUGACGCGGCCCAACGCCGGGACCUAACGCCGGGAGGAAGCGUCUGUUGAAAACGCUUGCCGAACGCCAUUGAUUUCUCGCGUGGACCGAUCGAGCUCUCCGCAACGACGAGAGAGCGUCGCGCGCGCGGCACAACACGAGGGGAAGAACACCCACUACUUCCCCCACUCCCCCCGCCCCUGUGUACUCGGUUCUCUUCCUCCGUAGAUGUUGAACGCGAGUCGAGCAUACACAACCCGAGACCCUACGCGAGAUCGUCCUCGGGGUAAGCCACCGCGCGGCAUUUUGCAUCAUCCCCGUCAUGGCAACUAGAGGAUCAUCGGUUACCACUCGGCAGCCGGACUUUUAACCCCGCGGCUCGUCGGACUAUCACACGGUCAAAGGCAAUACAUCAAUGGCCCUAGAAUCAAAUGGCAACAACGUGGUGUGGUUGAACACAACCCGUCCUGAUCAAAUACAGCAGAGUCAACCGAUCGAGCAGCCAUUGAAGUGUUCCAUGUUUACUCAAACGGAGCAGACUAACAGUUUUACUCAGACAGAGCAGAGCAAUUCGAGUUACGGAGAUCAGAGACAGCAGCAAACAGCAAUGUUUGACCCACAACAGAUCCAGCAACAGCAAGCUGCUGCGCAGGGUCAACAGUCGCAGCAGCAGCAGUCUCAGCAGAUGUAUGUCACUGACAAGAAGGAGGACAAGUCUCAGCAGCAACAACAGUCCACCACUUCCGAGUUCCCUUCCUCUUUCUACUACAACGUCAACAUGCUGCAGAAGGUUCAAACAAACGCGGUGAGCACAAUCAGUGCAAUCGCCGACGACAAGGGUUGUUAUCGUUUCGAUGUGCAACCUGUUGGUUAUAACACAUUACUGAAUCAGAUGAGCAUUGCCGCUGCCACCAAUGCGACCUUCAAGUGUGACAUUUGCGGACUGGUCUUUGGCCAUGUGAGCCUGCUGCAACAUCACAAACGGAUUCACAACGCGACACCCAACAGUAAUCUGCCGCAACAGCCACAGCAGAUUGUAGUACAAGGACCGACAACAGUGACUGUCGCCACCACGCCAGAAAGACCAUACACCUGUGACACUUGUGGAGCGUGUUUUGCAUUACCGGGAGAAUUAAAAAGUCACAAAACAAACAUGCAUCAGAAACCUAAGGUGCAAAUCUGUGAAGAUUGUGGCAGUGAGGACCCAUGCGAACAUCAUCCAACUAAAGUUAAAAAGACUAUCAAACCUGGUCAUCAUCCUGUGAAACGGAGGGGUGUUACCAGUGUCACCAAGUGUCACAAGUGCAAUGGCACCGGGAUUAUUUUUAUUGGUAAACACGACGAAAAACUAGAUUCCGGAAUCAGUUCCCUCGCAAAGUGUGGCGGCUGCAAGGCUACAGGCCGUAUCGUCAUAGGAAGUGGCAAACAAAACAGUCAGAAUCAGGCGGAGAAACCAUUUCACUGUAACGUUUGUGACGGUACAUUUUCUCGAUAUUCUUCGCUUUGGUCCCACAAGAGACUUCACUCGGGAGACAAACCAUUUAAAUGUGAAGUUUGUGGUUUAGCAUUUGCAAAGGCUGCCUAUUUAAAAAAUCACGGACGAGUUCAUACUGGCGAGAAACCGUUCAAAUGCAGCGUUUGCGGUAUGCAAUUUUCGCAAAGUCCACAUUUGAAGAAUCACGAGCGAAUUCAUUCCGGCGAACGACCGUAUCAGUGUGAGGUUUGCGAGAAAACAUUCGCCAGACACUCGACGCUCUGGAAUCAUAGAAGAAUCCACACUGGCGAAAAGCCGUACAGGUGUAACAUUUGCGGUUCCGCUUUCAAUCAAGCCACACACCUCAAGAAUCACGCAAAAGUUCAUACCGGCGAAAAGCCACACAGGUGUGAUAUAUGCGAGAUCGGUUUUUCCGAUCGUUUUGCGCUCAAGCGUCACCGUGCAAUUCAUGAAAAGUACGGUCAGACGGCGCGAAACCAGAACGCUAAUAAUCCGGCUAACGCACAGCAAGCCAACGCAAGUAGUCAACAACAACAGCCGCAGCAGCAGCAACAGCCGCAGCAGGCGCAACAAGGCCAAGUCGUGGUUGUGAACGCGACCACUCCCGUCACCGUCAGCCAAGGGCAAGGUCAAGUGAUGCUCGACGAGGUCUACAAGUGUCAGGUGGCCUUCCCAGAGCCUAAAUGAUUCAGCUAGAGAAUACCUUUCAGGAGCUGGUAAAGAGGUUAACUUUUCUAAUCUUUUUUUUUAAACGGAUAUUAAUCUUGAAAAAAAGCGAAAUCUAUGAAUGUAUGAUAUUGAGGACUGUAUCCUAAAAGAAUCAGGUGAGUCCAACAUGAGUGAUCGAGCAGUGCGUCUCUUUUUUUUCUCGUGUGCGAUGACUCGAAUUCUAUGAAAGAAUAUUUGGUGGCUAUCAGUAGUUUGGAUAUAGAUAUGGAUAAAAAUUUCAAAAAAAAAAAAAGGGAAAAAAUGGACAGAAAGACUCUGCGACAUUGCGCGAGUGAAAAAUUUCGUGGAAUGUGUCCUCGGAAGAGUUCGGCUCGUAAUAUAAUCGGACGAUUCCCCAACCGCCAAGAUCAACGAAGUCUCUUUGUGAAGUAAUAGAAAAAUACGUCUACCUUUAUAUUUUGUCUUUCGAAAAGGUGGAAGAAUAAUUGAAUCGUAUCGCGCAGUGUAUCUCAUAUAUAUUAGUUUUUUAAAAAUGAAACGGGAAAUGUAAUUGUAUAAUCGUAUCAUUCUUUCUUAUAUGCAAUAAUCGUUGAUUUGUCCUUAAAAACAAAAUUGCUAGAUAUUUUGCCAACAUUUCAUAACUCCGUAAAUGGCAUUGUGCAAUAGUUUUGACAAAUUUUGCGAUUAGAUCGACGACAAAAUGUACUUUUGAAUGAUUGUAAUAACAGACAAUUGCAGCGGCGUGUAUUUCGGCGAUAAGAAGCGCAAGUAUGAGGUAUUAAGUUUUUUUUCAGUAAAUUAAAAAUAUAAUUUUAAAUGAAAGGAAAAAAAAAGAUUGCCCGUACAAUGCCCAAACCUCGGCCCUUCCAAUUUUUACAUGAUACCAAUGUGAGGAUAAAUCAUUCGCGCGUCACCUCAAUGCUUAAAAUUAUAUUUAAAGAUUUUAGUAUUGUGAAAUCUUUAUUCAAUUUUGACUGCAAAAAUUAUUUAUCUGAUGAGUAUGAACGCCAGAAUAUGGAUAUAUGAACAGAGAAUUUUCAACGGCGCUUAACUGCCGAUAGCGUGGAACGGAACGACAUCGCGAUCUGUGCGAGCCCUCUUCCGUCCAGUCAUUCGGGAUCAGAAAGCAUCGCAUUACCGAGAUGAUGAUAACAACGACCACGAUAACAGCGGCGAAAGAGUAGUGCGGCAUACCUAUAUAACUCGCUGAAGCUGCAAUAAUAAUAGUGAAUAUCGACGGGCAGACUAAUCCGUUUUAUAAUUUUAAGAGGCCGCGAACUAUAUGAAUAUAUUAGUUGAUGAAUAGUUACUAGUUUGUAACGACAAAUAGCCGAGCUAGGAUAUUACUUAUACAUAUAAAUAUAUAAAUAUAUAGAUAUACAUUAAUUUUUAUAUCCCCACUUGUUAAAGCGAUCCCGCACCGUCGCUACUUUUAAGUAUCAAGGAUCACCAAACGAAUAGAUUGUACAUUGAUAGCUCCAUACAUUCAUGAUUGGUGACUUGCGUGCUAUAAAGUACACAAGUCACGAUAUAUGUAUAUCGAUUUCAAAGCUGUUAUUUGAAUACCCUCUCGAGAGCAUCGUUAGAUGAUUUUUCUUACAAUUGUUUCGCGAGCAUUGCUUUUUUUAUUGUCAUUUAAUUAUUGUUGCAUCUUUAUUUGCAAACUCCAAGUUUAUUAUCGGGGAGAGAAAGGGGACUACGCAUUAUCUCCCUUUUGUAUAAUUUUAGAAAAGAUUUUAUAACGCAUCGUGAAGGAAAUAAACACAAGCGGCUUGAAGAUUCCCUGAAAAAUAAUUCUUUUUAUACAAGAUCACAUUUAUUACAUUUUCGCAGAGUAUUAUGAGACAUGCCACUAUAAAUCUAUGUGAUUGUCAACAAACUCGCUGCUCGAGUUUUGUACGGAAUUCGGAAUAUUUCUUUGUUUUACUAAUUAAUUUGUAAAAUAAAGGUACGCAAUUACAUAAUUUUACUUUCAUAUGAUCAUAAUACCUGUUACAGUAUUUUUUCGAUUAGAUUAGAAACUUUAUGCGCUGAAUUUCCUAUCUUUAUUUUCGGUUUAUUGGGAUUAGAAUAGAGCUGUAUCUAAGCCGUGACUUAUGAGCCAGCAAUUAAUUUAUCAGCAUUCUAUGUUACAUUUUCAUUUGCAGUUUUUUCACAGUGCAGGAAAAACGGCAAAUAAUUAUAUUAUAAUGCAUGAGAUAAGCUGUAGUAAUACGGUCGAAGACUAGAGAGAAAGUGUAAUGAUAUAUGCGCUCAAAAAACUGGUGAGUUACAGAUUAAAUUAUCACCUAAUAAUAAGUUAAAGAUAUGAAUCAUAAUCAGCACAUAAUGCAGCAUCGUAAGAUUUGCUAUGGGACGGCAUUUUUUGUUCUCUCUUUCUAUAUUGUGAAAAAAAAAAGAAAAAAUUUUCCGUUAGAAGAAUCUUUAUAUUUUGAUAAAAUAUCGACAUACAAAAAUAAAGACCAUCUUUUAGAUUUUUCUUGAAUUUUUUUGCAAAAAAUCACGACAAUUUUCCUUUUUUUUCUUAACAUUUAUUGAUAGAGAGAACUCAUCCUCUAAAUAAUUUUAUUAAAACAGAAACAUCACUCUUCAGUAUUCUGUAUAUUCGCUAGAGUAAACGCAAUCGUUGCACGCGUAAACAGUAUUGUUACAAUUGUUGAAUUUCUUUAGGAGGAUGUACAGUAAUGAAUGAACGAAUAGCGAAAAAGUUUCGAAAAAAUCCACAUGUCAAAUCAAAUUUAUUCAUUUGGGAUAAAUUUAUCCAUUGUGGAUUUCUCGAAACUUUAAUAACGAAUAUUCGUAUUUGUUAUUAAAAUUCGAAAACUUUUCGUUCGUUCGUUGCGUACUUACUUUUUCGCGAAUGAUUUAUAAUAACAUAUGUAUAAUCGAGAGAGGGUUACAUUGAAGCAGCUUUCAUACAUUUCACAAUUACCAAUCGUCCUUAUAUUGUCUUGUAAGAUAAAGGGAAAUAUCUGCAAUGUCAUCUUAUAAUAGACGUUUAGUCGUUCAAUUUAUUACAGAGAUUACUUUUCAAAAUAUCUCAAAUUUUCGUGAUUUUCUGUUAUUCGAUUAUUUAUAUGUAACAGUUAAUUAAACAAUUUGAUAUCGUAGAAGAUUUGAUUCGUUAUCUAACUACUUAUUUUAUUUUAUAUAUAAAUCAAGAGAAAUCUUUUAUAUCUUUGUUCCUCUUGCUGCUUUUAAACGAAUUUUGAAAACUUUCCCUCUCACGUACAAGAAUAUACAUAUAUCUGCAACAUCAUGUACACACAUAUAUAUAACACGUUAAUUACUUAUUCAAAUAUAGAAUUUUUUUCAUAUACUUUUAUUGCGCUAUGGAGUCAAAAACUUUUGACUAUGAUCACUCAUCUUUGAACAUAAUUAUGUCUAUAUCAAUCCACAGAUAGACAUAAUAAGAGUAUAUAAAAAUGCUACCAUUACAAAAUAUUUCGAAAAUUGAAUAGGAAGGCUAAAAUCGACUGAUAAAGGAAGAUAUAAAAGACUAAUAAAAGUGGGGUGUCAUAGCGAUCGAUAGCGAUAAUACAAAUUAUCCCCUCGUGCAAUCUGACACGUUUUCAAUUAAUAUUCCACAUAAAAUCGUAUUUUUGGGAAAAGCCUCUAUUUUGAUUACCUCACUAUCUCUAUCAAAACUGUGAUCCGAUGGUCAAAUUUACAGUAGCACACGGCUUAAUAAGCGUCUUCAGACAAAUAUACUCCUAGAGCUGUUCACGAGCGAAUACUUUGCGUUAAUGUAAGCGCGAGCCCUUUUCCGAAAAUACUUUUAUACUUAUACCUAUGUCAAAAAGAAACUAACCGAGAAGAAUUGUAGAAAUCGAAUAAUGCCAGAGCGAAGUGUACGAGUAUAAUUAUGAAUUGUUAGUAAUUCUAAGUAGUUUGUCGAGAGUUGCUGCAGGAGAUACGGAUCGCGCUGUUCCCAGACUUAUUAUUUUACUUUUCCACACAGUCACAUCAUGUAAAUAUAUUUUUUAUAAACGCGAGAUCAAUCUUUCCAAUAAUGCAUUUCUAUUUCGCCAAAUUACUAAUUGUAAUUGCCAAACAAUUUAGUUAAAGCAAUCGAAAAGAAACGACUUUUGGUGGUGUAUCCUCCCGCAGCAAUUCCGCGUAUUCCGAGAUAAUAUUUCAUAGGCAAAGAACUUAGAGCUUCCGUUUGAAUCAAAAUUGUCUGGAAGCGUCUUCCUUAAUACCACGCGUAUGUAUACUCUGGUUUCGGCGAGACUUUGCGAUUUCACUGUACGUACGUUUGUAAAACAAGAGAGAAAAAUGUCUCUACGUAUAGAGAUUCUGAAAAUAUCUUUUUCCAUUAUUUUAUCGCUAUUAUCGUGUCCGUAUGUAAUUGUAAGAAUCUUCAAACGUAAACGAGCAAAAUCGCGGUUCAACUGUAAUUUUUGCACUCUUAUUUUUAAGGGUCGAGGUUUCGGGGCGAUGAGAUUUUAUGAAAAACGAUUUUUUUAUUUGUCCGAUAACGGAAAACUUGCGUUCCCAGAAGAAUACCUCUUACACAAAGAUAUCCCCGAAAUCCCUUCAAGCAUUCGACUCUUUUUUCCAGCACGAAACUUUUAAAGGCCUGAAAAUGUCAGCUGUGUUUUUUUUGCGCGUACUGUAAUUUUAUAUUUAUGCAAACUAACGAUAACAUGUCUGCGUCCAAUUUAUAUAUUUCCAUUCCACUAAAGUGUCGUACUAUUUUUAUCUUAGUAGCAGUUUAUCCGAUUCGAUUGAUUUGAUAAUUAAUAAUUUGAGUAUUCAUCAUGUACGAAUGAAAGAGGUCAUGCUAUAUGCAGAUUAAUUUGUCACGCCUCGCUGGAUUAAUUUAUAAGAUAUCUGUGGACAGUAUAACGACGAUCGUAGUGAUUUUUGAUAAUAAAACACGUUCCUAAUAAAUUAUCUGUUCUUUAUAUCGUACGAUUAAGCGUAACGAUUGUAAAGGCGAUACCCGGAUACUGAGUAUUGUGGAUAUCGUUACUUGCUCUGAGCGAUGAAAUGUAAAUUAGGAUUAAAUGGCCUCUCGUAAAACAUAAGAAAGAUUAAAGACCCUUGGACAAAUUUGCAAUUUUUUAAGCUAAUCUAUAACGCAUUAUCGUAUGAAUACGACGACACGUGGGCUUUAACGUUAUUCAUCCCUCGAGAAACAUUUUAGCAAUUUGUUUGUUAUUAUGUUAAAAAAAAAAAAAUGUCGCGCACGAGCGAAGUGGAAAAGAAACGAGCCGUUUCGUUAAUAGGAUGCCAUCAUUACGAUUACCCGUCGGUAUUCUUACUAUGUUAAUUUUACAGAAAUACAUUGGAUAUCACGUGUAUACACCUGUAUACAUGUGGUAUAUCUUAAUUUUUUUUUAAUCCGCGUCUAUUAAAAUCAUUUAAUUCGACUAUUUUGUAUCAUAUAACACAAUGAUGUAGGACAAAAAUGUAUCUAUAAUGCGUUACUUAAGUUAAAUCAUCCUCUCUCAUUAUCGCACUCUAUCUCCAUUUCUAUUAUCUAUCUCUCUUUUUCGAUUCAGCUAUCAAGAAUUUUUUUAAUUUGCGGAUAUCGGUGAAAAGAAUUAUUUGUUUUUUUUUUUUUUUUUU